AUGAGUCUACGGCUAGCCACUCGGCGGCUGGCGCUGUCAGGCCCCUCAUCUCCAGCCUCAUUGCUGGCGCCGAUUAAUGGAGGUUCACACGGAACCGUUGGUGUACUGAGUCAGCGUCGUCACAAAUGGUCGAUCAAUGUGUUCAAAGGAUGGGGUAAAUCUAGUUCCAAAGAGUCUGGCGACAGAGGCCAGGACCCAUCCGCCUCUGAAUUGGACGAUCCCAAGAAGCGACAGCAGUUCUUGCAACGGAAUAUGCGGGGUGGAGUUGAAGACAACAUUUUCCAGGACGAGAUUGAGGCCGCAAAGCCGGCACCCGAUUCUCCAGCCGCCCAGACGUCAGAGGAAAGGACCAAGGAGAGCUUGGCAAUGGUAGUCGAUCCAGAUGCUCGGAGCCGUAUCCGGUGGCAGCGAAGAAAGGUCAUCCAAUCAGUGCGCCGCAACGGGCAGCUGACAAGAGAGGAGAAGAUCAAAAUGACGGAGCGCGAGCUCAUUCACAAGAGCGACUUCUUCCCAACCAGCGUCAAGAAACUGGUCAUGUUGGCACGGCAGAUUGCCGGCAAGCCAGUCGACGAGGCUAUCCAACAAAUGAAAUGGUCAAAAAAGAAGUUUGCGGCCGAAGUCAAAUAUCACCUGGAAGAGGCGCGGGACAUGGCUGUUGUUCGGCGCGGUAUGGGCCUUGGAAAGGUCAACGGUGACAUUCUAGAUACGCCUCGCAAGGUGCGAACCAAGGACGGCAAAUGGAUAGAGAUUGAAGACCCGACCCGCCUCUAUGUUGCUCAGUCAUGGGUUGGGCGCGGCCCCUGGCGUGGAAAGGAGAUUGACUAUAAGGGACGAGGGAGAAUGGGUGUCAUCCAGCAUCCCAGCACGAGCUUUACAGUCAUUCUGAAAGAGGAAAAGACCAGAAUUCGGGAGUAUGAAGAGGAGAAGGCUAAGGAGGCACAAAAAGGCCCUUGGGUUCACUUACCAAACCGCAAGGUGCAUGGCCAGAGACCAUACUAUUCAUGGUAA